AUGGCAGCUAGUGGUCCGUUUUACAACAACUACCAGUCACCUCCUCCUGGUCAUCAGCCUGGCCAAGUCCCACACGCACACCACGUUCAGCAUCCGCAAGCUCCAGGGCAAUCGCCCCAUGCUCAUCAACCACCUCAAUUCCAGCAGUAUGCAGCUCAUCAGCAAACCAACUAUCAACCACUUCCUGGUCAGCCGAUGAACCAGGUACCGCAAACUCCACAAGCCCAUGCUUCGCAAUCGCCCCAAGGUCAAUACCCUAUCCAGCAUCAGAUUUCAGGCCAACAACAUCAUUACCAGUCAUCUGCACAAGGUCCUCAGCUUCAUCAAUCCCCUCAAGCUCAGCACCCAGGCCUCCCUCAACAAUAUGCGCUUGGUCAACAGCCCAACAUCCAAACAGUGCCUUACGGUGUCGCAGCACCGCCCACGCCGUCUGAGCAUCAACAACAAUACCAGCAGCAAACAUCUCAAUUUUCUGCCCCGCCUUCAGCUUCAUCUCAAGGCCAGCUGCAGGCAACUGCCCAAUCACUAUUCAAAUCUGGAAAGGGCUUCUUGGGUAACAUCGCCAGCAACAUCAAGUCCAAGUACCCUGCCACAUCGAAUGCCUCCACAACGUCGUCCACGAUUUCGUACACAGGCGAAACACCAAAGCCGACAUAUAAUCCUUCACAACACCCUACCCAGACACCCUUGAGCCCGACAAACUCUUUCCCUCAGGGAUAUGGCCAGACUCAGCAGUUGACUCAUCAGCAUGCAUCGCCAACGCCGCAACAAAGCAUCUUGCCCAGUGCUCCAGGCUAUCCUCCCGUGUCGCAUCAAGGUUCUUUUCCGAUACAGUCACAAGGAGUCCCUGUACAGUCGCCUCAACAAGGACACCAUGCUCCUCAACAGUUGUACCAUCAACUACAAGCUCCCGCGAACGGAGUCGCUGGUUCUCAAGCUGCUACCUCCCCGCCGUCAGUUCAUUCGCCAACCGCAGCUGCCUCACCGUAUCCACAGCCAUCGCUGCAUCACCAACAAUCGAACCCAUAUGCACCGAUAGCUCCAACCCAAGCUCCCCAAUCAGUUGCUCAGUCCGUACCAUAUGGUGUUUUGCCUGGGCAACAACAGAGCCACCCACAAGUCAUUCCACUGCAGCCAAACUACCAUAGUCCUUCUUCAAGUGGAAAUCCACCGCCACCAUGGCCACAGCAGACCGGCCACACUUCGUACAGUCCGGCUGGAGCUACUCCAAGUUCCGCAUCCGCUGGCCAAGCCGCAGUCCAAGUUACUACUCCUAGCUAUGAGCCGCCCGUAGGGUUGCACGCGCAGCCAUCUUACCACCAUGAUAGCCCCACCUCCCAUGUGUCACCAUCGGUGGCGCAGGCCAUUCCGCAGAUGUCACAACCAUCAGUAACAUCAAGUCAAAUGAACAACUCUUCUCAAAUGCCCUCGCCACCGCCGCCGCCGCAGCAGCAGCAAUACCAUCAACCGCACCCUCACCAGCAGGGCCCCAUCCCACAUCAGCAAGGUCAGUUGACUGCAUCAGAGAUAAAACCACCGUCUCAUGUUGCUCCAUAUCCGGGUGGCAAUAGCAGCUCCGCUAACUAUGCACAAGGCAACCUUUCCGGCCUCCUGUCACAGCAUCACUCCAAUAGCGCACCGACAGCCCAAACUCACCAGAGUACCUCUUCUAUACAAGGGCAGUAUCAGUCAACCUCACAGGCACAUCCUCAAUCGACUCCCCACGUACCCGAACCUGUGCCACAAGCUGCGACACCAAACCAGAACCAUAUUCCCUUACCUUCUUCUCCUUUGCAGACCUUGAACCAGCCCAGUGGCAUCCUCCCAUCUGCACCAGAAGCUAGUAUUCAGUACCAACCAUACAGCUCGACAGCGGUUCAACAACCACCACAGCCAAACUAUGGGCAACCCUUGUAUGACACCCCAACAAUCAAUUCAAACAAUCAGUAUCAUCAUCAGCCAGCACUCCAAUCUUCAGCUCCAGCUCCAGCUCCAGCGCCAACAGGCCAGAGCUUUCAGCCCUAUCAACCUGCUCAACAACCAAUAAGCCCCCACCAACCGGCACCGGCCCCCAGUCAACUUGUGGAUAAUGUCUAUCACCAAGAUCAAUUAGCUUCUCUGUCGGCACAAAUGAACAAUCUAAAUGUGCAGAACAGUGAACAACGCGAGUCAAGCUCUGCGAUACCUCCUGUCCAUAAUGACGGACCACGAGGGCCACCACCCUGUCUAGCAACAGGCAUGGCCAGCGACACCCUUCCAUACUGUCCGGAGGAUCGCGUCGUGGCGUACGGUCUGGAUUGGUAUCGCCUUGCAGCUGUGCCACAGUAUCUUGUUUGUACAAGAUGCUACGAGGAUCAAGUAACAGGCACCCCCCUCGCUAUUAAUUUUGAGCGAUACCAUUCCCCAGAAGGUACUGAGUCCAAGUGUAGCUUCUGGUCACCCCGCGCGAGAGAGGUCCUUUGGCCUCAAGCACUUCAGACCAAUGACAUCGGCCCUCUUCGGGCAUUUGCGGAGAAGACUCUGACAUUACCAACCUGCAAAGGCAGAGUAUGGAGUACCGCUGCCGAUGGUGUUAAAUGGUGGGGCAUGGUAAACAACGAGGUUGAUGGAUUUAUUUCGUGCGAAGCCUGUUAUGAGGAUCGCAUUGUUGGCACGGCCUUUGAAGGUCGUUUCUCCCCGUAUCGUCAACAAGGCCCCGACGAAAACUGGAUGUGCGACUUGUGUAUCCCCUACAUUGCGGCAGUGGCUGUGAAGAUGUCCAAGACCAACAACUGGAAUGGGUUCUCUGAAGCUGUCAAAGCGCGAAUCCAUCUUCCAGCAUGCGAAGGCAAAGAUGAAGAGUCGAACAGUGGUCACUGGAUUCUUCCACGUCGCAGGAUCAAAAACAUGACAAUCUGUGAAGCAUGCUAUCUAGACAAGCUUGCCCUUACGCGCUUUGGUAAUGAGUUUGAACGUCAUCAACGAGCCGAAGGAUUUGAUGCAUUUUUGGAGUCAUUGGGCCAGAAAUGGAAAUGCAGCCUUACCGACACGGCUGUCAACAUGAGCAUUGCCCUUGAGGCGGCUCUCUACCGUCGUGACUUUGAAGUAUUCUGGAACGCGGCUAGUGCUAUAUGUAGCCUUGUCCCUUGUACUGCGAAUGGUAUCAUUGGAGGGAACUGGUGGACCGUCGCUGGUGGCUGUCCUGACUUUGAUGUUUGCGAGGCAUGCUACAAAGGAGUACUCGAAACGUCCAACCUCGGGCGCUUUUUUGAGCCUGCUAAACGCGACCCUACAGCGACCAUCACGUGCAACUUCUGUCCUGGCAGUCCACGCUGGGGCACUUUUAUCACCAAGUUCGCCGAAGCAUUGGACAAAGGAAUUUUCAGCUACUACAGUGAUUAUGUCAGAAAAUGGGCGGGAGUACGGACUUGCCCUGGCAUCAAAAACAGAGACAAGAGUAAGUGGUGGGGACACCCAGAAGCUUUAGCCUGCGAGGACUGCUGGUUGAGCUUCGUUGCCGAUACUCCCCUUGGGGAUACUGUUCCGGUCAAAGGUGUUUACGACGAACGGUCUUUGAUCUGCCAGCUUUGGUCUCCUCGGAUGCGUAAUAUGUGGCUCGCAGCUUGUGCAGCAGGACCUCCCGGGUCACCAGAGUCACAAAAGGCUCUGGAAGAGUUCCGUGCUUUCGGUACAAAGCGCGUGCAAGUGUACAAUGCUACGGUACCGCAUAUAGAGAUGAUCCAGUCGAUGAUGAUGAUGAAGCGUAUGCAGGCGAUGCAGCAGGGCCAAUUGAGCCUCAUGUAUCAGGGGAUGAACGGUAUGUCGUCGAUAGCGGGAACGGCUGAUGGCAAUUUGCAUGGCAACAGUUCUAUUGGGUAUUACGAAACAGAGCAUGGAGUGACAGCUGCAAACAUGAUGAACAACAUGCAUGCUGGGAUGGCUGAUUCGAACAAGAUGAGUGAUUGGAUGCAGAUAGCGCAAUUUCAGGCUGCUUGGAUGGAGGUAGAGUAG